UACCUGUAAAUGCUUCUACGCAUCUACGCCAUUGGUGUUAAAAAAAAUCCCCAAAAGUUGCUUCUUGAUAGUUGCGGCCAGCCUACCAAUAUCAUUUUCCACCGACUGCUCAAACUACCAACUAACUUUCGUGUUUUUUUCCGACAACGGAGUCAUCAAUCAAAUCUAUGUAGUAUAACCUUACAUGGGAACCGGAAACAACUGCAGUCAAAGUCGAAAGCAAGACAAGCAUCACUGUCCCACGUUCUUGAUUUUCUGCUGUGUCUCGAAGACCGGACACCAUUGUCUCAAUCCCUCCCUUCGUCUCUUUCUUUUCUCUUAUUUCCUCUCUCGCCGGAGAACCAGAAACUCCACUGCGUCUCCGAAGGCUUGCCAGAACAGCCUAUCGUUUAUUUCUCCGGAAGCCCUCUUACCGAUCGAUUCACGAUGACCGCCGGCGAAUUUCUCAGCAUCGAGCCUCAAGAGCUCCAAUUUCCCUUUGAAUUGAGAAAGCAGAUCUCAUGUUCUCUAAACUUGUCCAACAAGACCGACGAUUAUGUGGGUUUUAAGGUCAAAACGACAAACCCAAAGAAGUACUGUGUGAGGCCUAACACUGGAGUUGUUCUGCCUAGGUCUACGUGCAACGUUAUUGUUACAAUGCAAGCUCAAAAGGAAGCACCUCUUGAUAUGCAAUGCAAGGAUAAGUUUUUACUUCAGACUGUGGUUGCUAGUGCUGGAGCUGCACCAAAAGAUAUAACUCCAGAGAUGUUUAAUAAGGAAUCUGGGCAUCAUGUUGAGGAGUGCAAGUUGAGGGUUGUUUAUGUUGCACCUCCUCGGCCUCCUUCCCCUGUUCGAGAAGGAUCUGAGGAAGGCUCUUCACCUAGGGCUUCAUUCUCAGACAAUGGUAGCUUGAAUGCUGCAGAAUUUACAUCUGUGUCAAGACCUCAUGUUGAGCGGCAUGAACCUCAAAACAACUCAUAUGAUGCAAGGUCUCUCAUUUCCAAGCUAACUGAUGAGAAAAACUCUGCCAUUCAGCAAAAUAACAAGCUUCAGCAAGAACUGGAACUCCUGAGACGUGAAGCCGAAAGAGGUCGCGGUGGUAUUCCAUUCAUAUAUGUAAUUCUUGUUGGCUUAGUUGGCAUCAUUUUGGGAUACCUCUUGAAAAGAACAUGACCUUUUCUCCUUUGAUGCUACUUCGUGGCUGGAAAAAAAAAAAAGAAAUGUAGAAAAUUGGAAAAACAAAUGUUUGAAUGAUGCGUUGUAGCUUUUGUUGAAUGUAUUACUUAAUGGUCUGUAUGGACGCUAGAAAAACAUGUUCAAUGUGUGACGGGUAAGAGGCAACUAUUGUUCAUUGUAUGACCUUUCAAGUGGGAAUUAUCCUUGAAUUUUGGUUUUUAAAGAUUGGAUUAAUAGUAAUAAUAAUGACAUGCUUGGGCAUGACAUGCAGGAUAUUGACUA